AUGUGGAGAAAUGAAAAACAAUGCCGGGAAAACGAGGAAGAGCGACCCAUUUCCGCCACCGCCGCCGAUGAAAGUGCCGCAGCCAUCGCCGCCAAGGCAAGUGCCGCCGGUCUCCCGGAAAGUUGCGCCCUCUUCCUCUCGAUCGAAGCCCAAAGCACAUAUACAGCGGCAGCCUCCGGAUCACUCGCAGGAAACUCCAGUACCAUCUCCUCUUCAUUGUUCACCAAUCUCCCCUUCCGGAUCUGCGAACCCUCGAAUCUAUCCCAACCUGCUGGGUUUUCCUCUUCUGCUUCGUCCUUCUAUCGACUCCGCAAAGCUUCUCUCACAUCUGACGAGAAAUCGAAACCGGAAUGCCAAUCCGACGCCGUCAAUCAUGCUCCGGAGUUCCCUCAGGUAGUAAUCGCUCCUCCGAAACCCGUUAGGAGAAAGCCUCCUAAUCUCAUCACAGAUUCUGUACCUUCUCCGCCGGUGAAAGCUCCGAUGGUGUUUCGUAGUGGCGGCGAGGGCAAUUUCGUGAAAUUGAACUUAAAUGGCAAGAGAGGGAAGAAGUUCCCCAGCAAAUACAAGGGCCCCUCUAAAAGAAGCAAGUUCGCAUACAUAUGGAAGAGAUACAAAAAGUCGGAAGGGGAUGGUGAAGAAGGCGAAUCCUUGUUGGAGGAAGAUUCUGAUCUGCAGAAACAGAGAGAAGAAGAAGCUAAUGGUUUUAUCAGCUCGGUAGAGGAUGCGGUUCUUUCAGUGAAGACUGAGGCUUCCGAUGAGAAUCUGACGAAGCUGUUGAAUUUAGUGUAUGGUUAUGAUUCUUUUCGAGAUGGGCAGUUGCAGGCGAUCAAGAUGGUCCUUGCCGGGAGCUCAACGAUGCUGGUGUUGCCCACCGGUUCCGGUAAGUCUCUCUGCUACCAGAUUCCGGCAAUGAUUCUUCCCGGAAUCACACUUGUAGUGAGUCCUUUGGUGUCGCUGAUGAUCGAUCAGUUGAAGCAUUUGCCUUCAAUUAUCAAGGGUGGUCUCUUGAGCAGUAGCCAGAGACCUGAGGAAGCAACAGAAACACCGCGGAAACUUAAAGAAGGCUUAAUAAAGGUUCUCUUUGUAUCGCCUGAGAGACUUCUGAAUGUAGAGUUUUUGUCAAUGUUUCGCAUGUCUUAUCUGCGUCACUUGUCGUUGUGGAUGAGGCACACUGCGUAUCAGAAUGACUCAAGGCAUCAAGCUUUUGAUGGUCAGAACAUUGUUACGCUAUAUGUGCAGUCUUCUCCAAACACUCUGGCUGCACGAAAUAUUAUAGUUGCAGCAAUUCUGAAGAAGACUCACGUGAAGCAAGGGUUACAUGUCUUCGAUAUACCAGCGGUUGCCUCUAGCAUAGGUGUUGCAACAACAGAUGUCUUGACUAAGAUUCAAACUCUGAAGAUGAAGGGGGAAGUAACAUACGAGAUGAAGGACCCAGCCUUUUGUUACACAAUCUUAGAUUCUCCAAGGGAAACAUGUUCGUUGUCCAGUCAUCUUACAAAGUGGCUCGCAGAGGUUGAAACUUGCAAAGUGAGAAAACUAGAUAUUAUGUCUAGUGCAGCCGUGGCUGCGAUAAAUUUCUCAAAUACUUCAGAAGUUAGUUCUGGUGCCAAGCAAACUCAGAGCCUGCAAAGCAGAAUUUUGGAUUACUUCAAUGGAGACGACAAGUGUGACAUGCCGAGCAAGACGACUCAAAACUGGGGAAGGUAUAUGAGCGUAGACUUCCGAGUGAUAAUGGAAGCGGCACAAACGGAGCUACUCAGUUUUGUUGACAGAAAUGCAGCUUUAGCUACAUAGAGUGUGGGCAUGAACACACCUACUUGAUGAACAAGUAUGGCGAGUCUAAAUGGAUCACACUUGAUCACUGUCGCUGAGCCACCACCGUAAGACGGGUAAGGAGCGAACAUGACAGGUCUCGGUGGCUGUAUCGGUACAUAACACUUUCGCAUACGUCUCUUCAUCAUAAGCUCGUGUUCCACUUCCUUGACAGCAAUGUAGCCACGCUUCAUCAUAAGCUCGUGUUCCACUUCCUUGACAGCGAGGUAGCCACGCUCCAUCAUCAGCUCGUGUUCCACUUCCUUGACGGCGAGGUAGCCACGCUCUCGAUCCAGUUGAAACUGGUCGCGCUUUCUCUUUUGGUCCCGAGCUAUUCUGGUAGACAUGAUGGUGAACACUCGAGCUGUGAGGUCACUGUCGGAACCAGCGUGAUGUGCUUCUCCGGCACGCUUGAUCUGAAGCUCGUCGGCUAUUCUCUGCAGCCCGAAACGGCUAUUCAGUCCUUCGCACAGUCCAGCCAUCUGCUUCACAUCGUAAGUUUGCCCAAGAAGUCUCUGAACCGUUUGGUCGAAAUCUUUACGAGUCUCCGGCAUAGGUUUUCCUCCGGUCAGGCCUUGAAGUAGAUAAGCCAAGUCGUAUGAGCCGUCGAAGGUGACCCAAGCCACGCGCUUAUCCUCCUCUUUCAGAAUCUGAGUAAAUUCUCCGAAGAAGUCACUGAUCGCGAUUCCUUCCUCUCUGAUUCUCUUCAAAUCAAGACCGUUCCGCCUAAGAAAGUCGAGCGAUUUCUCGUUCUUCGCGUCUUUUGUUCCGUCGAAGUCCGAGAAAUUGACUUCCCAGGUACCGCGGGUUCUUCCGACCUUGUCGAAUAGCGUGAAACCCAACUGAAUUGGUUUGGUUCCGUCGACGUUAAACCUCAUGUUUCCAUACCGCGUUUCAUCGCUCGCCCCCAUCGCCGUCUCUAUCAGACAUCCCGGAAAUUCAGUAUCGAUCGCUACGAAACUCGAAGAUUUUAUGGUUUUUCUUAUUUUAACCAUCUCCUGCGUUUUGUUGUAAGAGAAUAUCUGAUUGAAAUUUUUCAUCAUUUUUUUUGUUCUGAGAAACAACAAAGCAUAGGAAACAUGUUAUAUAGACGUUAGUUUAGGGUUUUCCAUUUUUCAAAUAACAAAAGUUUCCUUUUUU